GCGGGUCUCGCCGAUGUAGUCCACUUCCUGCUUCUCUGCCCUGGUUUCGCCUGAUCAGCCGCAUCAACCUUUUAUCCGACGAAAGCCAUAAUGUCACAUCAAACGGGCAUUCAAGCGGGGAAUGAUGUGAAGGAUAUCUUUGCCAGUGCGAAGAGCGGGGAUCAGUAUCGUGCCCUAAAGAUCGUCAUCAAGGAUGAGCAGCUGACUCUAGGUGCCAGCAGGAAAGCAUCAAAAAAAUGGGACCAGGAAUACGAUUCUUUAGUGCUACCCCUCCUUGACGAUGAUGUGCCCUGCUACGUUCUAUACCGGCUAGACUCCAAUAACAACCAGGGCUACGAGUGGAUCUUCCUGGCCUGGUCACCGGACCACUCUGCUGUGCGACACAAAAUGUUAUAUGCUGCUACCAGAGCAACACUGAAGAAGGAGUUUGGAGGCGGGCACAUCAAGGAUGAGAUUUUUGGUACCAGCAAGGAUGAUUUGAGCCUCAGUGGUUACAAGAAACAUCUGACCUCUCAAGCUGCUCCCUUGCCUCUUACUGCUGCAGAAGAGGAACUGAGGCAGAUCAAACUGAAUGAGGUGCAGACUGACAUCAGUGUGGACACCAAGCAGCAGACUCUGCAGGGAGUGGCUUUCCCUAUUCAUAAAGAUGCCGUCGCAGCACUUGAACGUUUCAGGGACAAGAAAAUCAACUACGUACAACUGCAAUUAGAUGCUGAACAGGAGCUCAUUCGGUUGUGCGGCACUGAGCCAACGGAGCUGAAAGAUCUCCCAAUGAGAAUCCCUAAAGAUACUCCACGUUACCACUUCUUCCUCUACAAACAUUCCCAUGAGGGCGACUACUUAGAGUCCACAGUCUUCAUUUAUUCUAUGCCAGGGUACAAGUGUAGCAUCAAAGAGAGGAUGCUGUAUUCCAGCUGCAAAAAUCCCUUGGUCGACAUGGUGGAAAACAAUCUCCAGCUUGAGAUUGAGAAAAAAUUGGAAAUAGAAAACGGAGAAGAACUGACAAGUGAUUUCUUGUACGAGGAGGUGCAUCCCAAGCAGCACGCACACAAGCAGCGCUUUGCCAAGCCCAAAGGCCCCGCUGGUAAGAAGGGCGGCCGCCGCAUCACCCGACCACCGGGGGAGAGAGAGGAGGAAGAUUAAACAGACCUCACCGCCCGACCACCACCUCUACCCCGAGCACGGUCCACAGAGGAACAUUCCUGCUUUGGGGAGGGGAAGGCAGGAGGGAGGGGGGGUUAAUCAUUUUCGACACGCUUGUUUAAAAUAAUAAGACAAAAACCUCAAAUUCCCACAGAGUUCACCCACAGACCCAGCUAUGCACGCCAAGGACAACUGAGCAAUGACACACUGCAGAAUUUCCAUUUGUAGCUUGCCAAAUGGAAGUACAUUCAUGUAGGUUAGUACAUUCAUAAAAACCCUUCUACUAUAAUUCAGAGGCCCAAACCAAGUCAAAGAUGAGGUUGUUUUUUUGAAUUUUCACAUCGUUGCCAGCUCUGAGACUUCAAAAAUGUUAGUGUAACUAAUGUGAACUUGCGCCGAUAUGAUGAAAAGACCCCAUUUUGUGUUCACGUGCUCAAAUUCCUAACUUCCAUUCCUCCUCGUGUCAAUUAAUGUUUCUGUGUCUAAUGUGUUGAUUAUUUGUCUCCUACUGUUUGCACAAUGAGGUGCUCCAAAGCAGAAAAAAAAUAAUUCUCAAACUUGUGUCUGAUGAUUCAUUUUAAUGGUCCAUUUUAUAUUGGGGGAAAAAAAUUGACUUCUUUUUUGAUAUAACUGUGGUUUACAUGAAAAAAAUCAUCUGCUGAGAUACUUAUUUUUCUAUGCAAGUGCUGUAAAUGUACAUAUUGUAGCUGUGUGAUGCUCUUUGAUUAAGAAACAGUCUGGUCUGUUGAGGUAGAUGUCCACGUCGGUAAGGAUCACAGUGAAAGAACUGGGGCUUCCAGAAAUAUUACAUCCACACAUUUCAGAUUUCACAAGGAAGGAAGCUUUUCCAGCUUUUCUGGUUCCCAUAAUGACAGGGAAUGCCACGCUACUGGAUGGGAAAGGGAAUAAUAUAAUUACCUUGAUCAAAAUGUUGCCACAUCCACUGAUGUACUGAUUAAUAUUAGGCAAACUACUUCGCUCACCUCAUGUUUGAAGGGAAUAUCCCUUUAUGUUCAUACAGUGUCAUUAUAAUAGAAAAAUCAUGUUUGGUCUUAUGUUUUCUUAUAAUUCUUUUAAAGAAGAAAUAAAAUAUUUAAAUCAC